AUGGCAGCUUCAAGAAUGCUGAGAUUAGUACCUUCAGAGAGUGCUCUUUUAGUUUGUGACAUGCAAGACAAAUUCAGAAACCAUAUUCAAUACUUUCCCCAAAUCGUAGAAGUAACACGGCGAAUGAUUGAGGCUGCAAAAUUGCUGGACAUUAAGAUUGUUGCGACGGAGCAGAAUCCAAAUGGUCUGGGUCACACUGUAGCUGAACUUGGUCUGCAUAAACACAAUGUUCCAGUAUUCACUAAAACCAAGUUUUCAAUGUGUGCUCCAGAUCUUCGCAAUGAGCUUGGUACUGGCAUCAAAUCUGUUCUUAUAUGUGGAAUAGAAGCGCAUGUUUGCGUCUAUCAUGUCAGUAAUAUUUUUUCGGAAUAA